CGUUGCGCGGAUGCAGGGCAAGGGCUACAAGGGCCGAGGAAGGACGGCCGCUGUGGCGGCGAUCGCAAACAAGCAAGAUGUAGGUGAAUUCAACAACGCAGCAGCAACCGUCUUGGUAGAAGACAUGGAGUCGAUCGCAGAUGAGUGUGCAGACGCGAUGAUCCUGCAGUACUUCAUGGACUUUACCGACGACAACAAAGUGGAGGAGGCUGUGGUGGCCGAGGUUCCAGAGGAGCGGUCGCCGCCCAAGGAAGCAGCAUCAAAUGAAGAGGAUUCAUUGAGGAGGCUUAAGGAGAAACAGAACAAGCAUCGCUUGAACAACAUUCGCCACCGUCAACGAAAGCAGAGCGAGAACGACCACCUGCGCACCGAAGUGGUGGAACUCGAAGACAAGUUGAACGCCCUCAAGGCAAGUAGUGCGCGCCGAGGGGACCAUCGAGGCAAGCGAGACGAGUCGGCUAUUCGACAGCUCAAGGAACAGUCGCAAGCGGAGAAACGCAAGCGCACCGACACCGAAGACGAGCACGGGAUCUUGCUGCGGACCGUGCAUUCGCAGCGCGACCUCAUUCAAAUGUACUUUAAGCGCAUCACCGCCACCCAUUGCAUGCAUUCAAGCCACGUGAUCCUCGAAAACGAACCUUUCCUCAUGUACACGCUGAUGGGAUGCCGCGAUGUCCGCGCCAACGGGUACGACUGGAUCAUGGGCCAGAUGAAGCGCAAGAUGGACGUGGCACUCACGUACUUGCAUUCGUAUGUGGGCAACCACAUCGAAGAAGACACCAAGAUCUACUUGGGCCACAACACGGUGGACCUGGUACGCAAUCACAUUUGGACGUUUCCGGCGCAGCAGGUCGCGCAGUCCAGCUGGGACUCGUUCACGCGCAUCCAGUCGGACCCGACGGCCGCCCGCAAGACGCUGCGCCUCGAAGAAAUCGACGCCAACACGUUUUACACGCGCAUUAUUAUCGACGACGGCAUCGUGCGCGGCAAGCCGCUGACCCUCAACAUGCUCCAGAGCCGGUUCAUGGAGGGUAAUCGAUCGGUCAUUGCGUUUCGAACAAUCAGCGAAGACAACUUGUACCCCAUCGAGUCGAAUGGCAUGUGCGAUCUCAGUAUCGCGGGAUGGCUGUCGUUUGAGCCGAAUCCGGACGGCACGACCCACGCCAGAGUGUUUGUCAAGUUCCGGACCGACCAUUCAAAUGGCCAACAGACGGGGGAGUUGCUGAGCAACGCGGACGACGACGCCACGAACCACGACCUGACGGCCUCCCGAUUUAAGAACCGAAAAACCCAGGCCAACCAGUGGAUCAUGAGCGUCAUUUCCAAGAUGUUCACGGCGGUCAACGGCACGACGAGGCAGUCCCUUCGCGCGCCCCCGCCCGCCACCACGAGCCUCACAGUGCUCAAGAAGCACGACGCGUUGAGAGAUGUGUCCACGAUCGGCGCGUGAUAUUAUAAACUAGGAGUCGUUGUUAGGGUGGAAUACUAUAUAUUAUAUAUAUACAGCGUGUAAAUAAAUAUCUGUCG